UUUGGCAUCAGAUCUUAUAUAACCGAAAUUUUAUAUAUUACAUCUUUAUAUAAAUCUUAAAUAUUCGCAUUUUAAUCCAGUUUUAAUCAUUAAUAAUUUAAUUAAUAGAAAAUUUUAAUUAGAUUUCUAUAUCGAUAUCCUUUCAUGUGCUUAAUAUGUUAAUGUUACUUGCAUAGUGGCAUUAUUACGGAUUAUUCCGAAAUUCUAGAUUAGCUAUUAAUUCCUGUUUUGAGUGUAUCUGUGUAAACACAAAGUGGAUUAUUAACUGUAUGACACAAUUAUUCAGCGCUUAACCUUGCAUAUUUUAUUACAAUAAUUUAUGCCCUGCAUCGAUUUGAGCAACAGUAGUAUUUCUCGAGAAAAUAAAGGUAGCUGUGUUUUAUUGAAAAAAAUGGAAUUAGAAGUACAUGAAGAAUUGAAAGAUAAGUCACGUAGUUUAUCGUUUUCCCCUCCGCCCAUGAAAAAAUCUGAGACGAGGGACAGCAUUUCUUCCGUUGACAGUGAUGUGAGCUUUUCAUUUGAUAGAAGAGGCUCAAAGAGUAAAGAAACUGGCUUAUCAGAUUAUGACAACGAGGGCAAAUUUGUGAAUAAAAUUAAUGCUGACCAAGACUCAGGCGCGGAUUCGAUGGACGAUACUAGAUUGAAAGAAUUGGAAACAAAGAAAUCAGAGGUAUUACUUGAAAUAUCGACAGCCAAGAAAACAAUCGAUAAUCUUAUGACUCUAAAUGACGAAUUAAUUGAUAAGAUAUGCACCCAAGUGGAAUUUUACUUCUCCGAUGAAAAUAUCAUAAAGAAUGCUUUUUUGCUAAAACACGUAAAGAGAAAUAAAGAAGGCUACGUAUCUCUCAAAUUGAUAUCGAGUUUUAAGAAAGUGAAACAUCUCAGUAGAGAUUGGAGAGUUAUUGGUACCGCUUUAGCAAAAUCUAAGAAACUUGAAGUCAAUGCACAAGGAACUAAGUUGCGUAGGGUGGACCCUUUACCACCUUUUGACCAAACGGCACCUUCUAGAACCAUUCUGGCGACUAAUUUACCGGUAGAGAAAUUGACAAUUGAAUCUGUUGCUGGAAUUUUUAAACCUUGUGGUGAAAUAGCGCUGAUAAGAGUGCUUAGACCUGGACAGCCUACACCUUCAGAGGUAACAUGUUUUUUUCUUUAG